AUGCUGGAAUUAAAACGAGCUCUUGAUGCAAAAGGACAUGGACUACUUGAAAUGCCCUCAGGAACAGGAAAAACUAUUUCGCUAUUGUCAUUAAUUGUUGCAUAUAUGAUACAAAACCCACAUCAUGUCAGGAAGUUAAUCUACUGUUCUCGUACAGUGCCAGAAAUUGAAAAGGUUGUAGAAGAGUUAAAAAACCUUAUUAAGUAUUAUGAGAAAUGUCAAGGAGAGAAACCCAAUCUCACUGGUGUUGUACUGAGUUCUAGGAAGAAUUUAUGUAUACAUCCUGAGGUGUCAAGAGAAAGAGAGGGGAAGCUAGUAGAUGGUAAAUGUCAUUCCCUCACAGCCAGCUAUAUACGAGAGAGACAUGAGAGAGACAAUUCUGUGAAUAUUUGUCAGUUUUACGAAGGUUUCAACCGCGAAGGCAAAGAAUCAAUGCUGCCAUACGGCGUGUAUACAAUCGACGACCUGAAGCAGUAUGGCGCCGAUAGAAAUUGGUGCCCAUACUUUUUGUCCAGGUUUGCUGUGGUGCACGCGGAGAUCGUCGUGUACUCGUACCACUACCUGCUGGACCCGAAGGUGGCGGAGCUGGUGUCGCGCGAGCUGCAGCGCGAGGCGGCCGUCGUGUUCGACGAGGCGCACAACAUCGACACCGUCUGCGUCGACUCGCUCAGCGUCCGGCUCACGCGCAGGACGCUCGACAAGAGCGCCACCGCGCUGCAGCAGCUCGAGAAGCAAGUCGCACAGAUUCGAGAGGAGGAUGCGGCCCGGUUGACCGCCGAAUACGAGCAAAUGGUGGAAGGACUUCGCGAGGCGGCCGCUGCAAGGGAAACAGACACAAUACUGGGAAACCCCAUAUUGCCCGACGAAGUUCUCAACGAGGUGGUACCUGGCAACAUCAGAAACGCAGAGCACUUCCUCGGCUUCCUUAAGCGGUUUUUAGAGUACCUCAAGACCAGGCUGAGGGUACAGCACGUUGUACAGGAGUCCCCAGCAGGGUUCCUGAAGGACCUGUCGGCGCGCGUGUGCAUCGAGCGCAAGCCGCUGCGGUUCUGCGCGUCGCGGCUGGCGGCGCUGCUGCGCACGCUGCAGGUGCCCGACCCCACGGGCUUCGCGCCGCUCACGCUCAUCACGCACCUCGCCACGCUCGUCGCCACCUACACCAAGGGCUUCGUCAUCAUCGUCGAGCCCUUCGACGACAAGACGCCCACCGUCUCCAACCCCAUACUGCACUUCUCAUGUAUGGACUCCUCCAUAGCUAUGCGACCCGUAUUCGCCCGUUUUCAAACAGUCAUAAUUACCUCUGGAACGCUGUCGCCUUUGGACAUGUACCCUAAGAUCCUGGACUUCAACCCGGUCGUCAUGAGCUCCUUCACCAUGACCCUCGCAAGACCUUGCCUCUUGCCAAUGGUUAUGUCGAAAGGCAGUGAUCAAGUGGCCAUCUCGUCCAAAUACGAGACGAGGGAGGACGUCGCUGUGAUAAGGAACUACGGGCAGCUCCUAGUCGAGAUAUCGGCGUGCGUGCCGGACGGUGUGGUGUGUUUCUUCACUUCCUACUUGUACCUGGAGAGUGUCGUCGGCGCUUGGUACGACCAAGGCGUGGUCGCGAAUCUUCAGAAACACAAACUACUGUUUAUAGAGACGCAAGACUCCGCGGAGACGAGCUUCGCGCUCAUCAACUACAUCAAGGCGUGCGAGAGCGGGCGCGGCGGCGUGCUGCUGGCGGUGGCGCGCGGCAAGGUGUCGGAGGGCGUGGACUUCGAGCAGCAUCUCGGCCGCGCCGUGCUCAUGUUCGGCAUCCCCUACGUCUUCACACACAGCCGCAUCCUCAAGGCGCGUCUCGAGUACCUGCGCGACAACUUCCAGAUUCGUGAGAAUGAUUUCUUGACGUUCGAUGCCAUGCGACAUGCGGCUCAAUGUGUUGGGAGAGUUUUGCGAGGCAAGACGGACUACGGCAUCAUGAUCUUCGCGGACAAGCGGUUCAGCCGCGCCGACAAGCGCACGCGUCUGCCGCGCUGGAUCCAGGAGCACCUGCGCGACUCGCUGUGCAACCUCAGCACCGAGGAGGCUGUGCAGAUCUGCAAACGCUGGCUCCGUCAAAUGGCGCAGCCCUUCACGAGAGAAGACCAGCUGGGUGUGUCUCUUCUGACGCUGCAGCAGUUACAGUCGCAAGAACAGCAAGAGAAGAUAGAGAAACAGGUCAUACAGAAAUGA